GUGUGACGCAUAGAAUUGACAGAAUCAUUAAAUGUCAGCGAUUUUUUUCGUUUCUCGAUAAAAGAAGGAAAAGUGCGUUGAACAAGAAAUAAGGUGUGGUUGAAAAACAAAACUUUUACUAUUAGAUUAAUGCGUUAACUUAUAAAAAACUGUUAAAGUUAUUUGAGAAAGUGUAAAAGUUAAAUAUUAAAGUAACAGCAUAAUGGCAGGACGUCUACCGGCUUGUGUGAUCGAUGUUGGCACAGGCUAUACCAAAUUGGGCUACGCUGGCAACAAAGAACCACAAUUUAUUAUACCCUCAGCAAUUGCAAUUAAGGAGACAGCGCGAGUUGGUGACACUAACACGCGUAGGAUAACGAAAGGUGUAGAGGAUUUGGAUUUCUUUAUUGGCGACGAAGCAUUCGAUGCUACCGGAUACUCGGUUAAGUACCCAGUGCGUCAUGGUUUGGUGGAAGACUGGGACUUGAUGGAACGUUUUUUGGAGCAGUGCAUUUUUAAAUAUCUGCGUGCCGAACCGGAAGAUCAUCAUUUUCUGCUUACUGAACCGCCGCUUAAUACGCCAGAGAAUCGCGAAUAUACCGCAGAGAUUAUGUUUGAAACAUUUAAUGUUCCUGGUCUCUAUAUUGCUGUGCAGGCUGUACUUGCCUUGGCUGCCAGUUGGGCCGCCAGACCUGUAGAAGGACGCACACUAACAGGCAUUGUUGUAGAUAGCGGUGAUGGUGUAACGCACGUUAUACCCGUGGCUGAAGGCUACGUAAUUGGUUCUUGUAUCAAACAUAUACCCAUUGCUGGCCGCAAUAUCACCUCGUUCAUACAGAGUUUACUGCGUGAACGCGAAGUAGGCAUACCGCCGGAGCAAAGUUUAGAAACUGCCAAAGCGAUUAAAGAGAAGCACUGUUAUAUUUGUCCAGACAUUGCCAAAGAAUUUGCCAAAUAUGAUACGGAGCCAGGCAAAUGGGUACGCAACUACACGGGUACCAAUGCGGUGACCAAGAAUCCAUUCAGCGUCGAUGUAGGCUACGAGCGUUUCUUAGGACCUGAGAUUUUCUUCCAUCCCGAAUUUUCAAAUCCCGAUUUCACCACGCCACUAUCCGAAAUCGUAGACAAUGUCAUACAAAAUUGCCCGAUCGAUGUACGACGACCCUUAUACAAUAACAUAGUAUUGAGCGGCGGUUCGACAAUGUUCAAAGAUUUCGGACGUCGUUUGCAGCGCGAUAUCAAACGUUCCGUAGAUACACGUCUCCGAAUCAGCGAAAACUUAUCAGAAGGCCGCAUUAAGCCAAAACCAAUCGAUGUACAAGUCAUAACACAUCAUAUGCAGCGAUAUGCUGUGUGGUUUGGUGGCAGCAUGUUGGCAUCCACGCCUGAGUUUUAUCAAGUGUGCCACACAAAGGCUGCUUACGAGGAGUAUGGUCCAGGAAUUUGUCGUCAUAAUCCUGUAUUUGGUACCAUGACAUAAUCAUAUAUGCAACAGACUGUGCUCACAGAAUUGUUUUCCUCCUCUAUAUAUACUAUACAAUUUAUAAAAUUCCACUUAUUUUAAUUUUUCAUUUUAAAUACGUCGAUCGUGCAAUUUGGCAACAUCUAUACGAAAG